AUUAAAGACGCUGCGUCACAUCCGCGAGACUUAGAGCCCGUGUGGCAGCGGUGCGGAGCGGUCGGGUUCUCAGCGGCGUGGAAACUUGUGGUGCUGACAGGCUGCGGCCGAGCCUCUGUGAAGAAGGUGCAAGAGGUUGGCAGCUUCGGUUGAAGCACAUCGAGCCGAGCGGCGGCGGCGGCAGCAGCAGCAUCGUCUAGGAGUCAUGAGCGACAGCGGCGAGCAGAACUACGGCGAGCGGGUUAAUGUUGAAGAAGGAAAAUGCGGAAGUCGUCAUUUGACAAGUUUUAUAAAUGAGUAUUUGAAGCUCAGGAAUAAGUGAAGCUGAAAUUUGAAAAAAUUAAAGAAUGCAUGCUAAUUAUCAGACCAGAAGUCCCACUUGUAGAAUAUUGAGCAAUUUGUGUGAAGUGGGGAAGAUGAAAGAAGUCAGAAUUUGAAACGGAAGAAUGAAGAAAAGAAAUAAAAAUGAAGUUAAGAUAAGAAGUAAUCUGGAAUCAGAAAGCACUACGCUAAGUAAUUACUAGUCUGUUUAUGUGUCCCUGUAUAUUUUGCUAAACAUGCAUGCAUUAUUUGUUUAAUAGAAGGAAAUAUAUACAGGGUAAAGAAGUGCCUUCCAGGGGGAACGUUUAAAUUAGCUGAAUGACAAGGGUUACUGCUAAAAAUACCGUGGCUUCCCUUAGAAUAAGCUGAAUAGAAGAGUCAGAUGAUUGUAAUGAUGUUGCCUUCAGUUGGAUGGAACAAGUACACAUCAAAGUAAUACUCAAUGAUAGCCAACCAACAGCUGUCUUCUACCCUAUUGGAGAAGCCAAGGAAUCCCGUUCUGCUUCCAGAAGUGGAAGUGCUCAUGGAUCUGGGAAAUCUGCAAGGCAUACCCCUGCAAGGUCUCGCUCCAAGGAAGAUUCCAGGCGUUCCAGAUCAAAGUCCAGGUCCAGAUCUGAAUCUAGGUCUAGAUCCAGAAGAAGUUCUCGAAGGCAUUAUACAAGAUCACGAUCUCGGUCUCGCUCCCAUAGACGAUCCCGGAGCAGGUCUUACAGUCGAGACUAUCGGAGGCGUCAUAGCCACAGUCAUUCUCCCAUGUCUACUCGCAGACGUCAUGUCGGGAAUCGGGCAAAUCCUGAUCCCAACUGUUGUCUUGGAGUAUUUGGAUUGAGCUUGUACACUACAGAGAGAGAUCUAAGAGAAGUAUUCUCUAAGUAUGGCCCCAUUGCUGAUGUGUCUAUCGUAUAUGACCAGCAAUCUAGACGUUCAAGAGGAUUUGCCUUUGUAUAUUUUGAAAAUGUAGAUGAUGCCAAGGAAGCAAAAGAGCGUGCCAAUGGAAUGGAGCUUGAUGGACGUAGAAUCAGAGUUGAUUUCUCUAUAACAAAAAGACCACAUACCCCAACACCAGGAAUUUAUAUGGGGAGACCUACCUAUGGCAGCUCACGCCGUCGUGAUUACUACGACAGAGGAUACGAUCGAGGCUAUGAUGAUCGGGACUACUAUAGCAGAUCAUACAGAGGAGGUGGUGGAGGUGGAGGAGGAUGGAGAGCUGCUCAAGACAGGGAUCAGAUUUACAGAAGGCGGUCACCUUCUCCUUACUAUAGUCGUGGAGGAUAUAGAUCACGUUCCAGAUCUCGAUCAUACUCACCUCGUCGCUAUUAAAGCAUGAAGUGGAAGGCUUUCUGAAACCUACCUUAGAGUUUGGAUAUUGUUUGUGGACAAUAUUUUUUAUUGUCUCCUGUUUAAAAAGUGAACAGUGCCUAGUGAAGUUAGGUGACUUUUACACCUUUUAUGAUGACUACUUUUGGUGGAGUUGAAAUGCUGUUCUCAUUCGCAUUUGUGUAGUUCGGUGCUUUGUUCCAAGUUAAGUGUUUUCAGAAAAGUAUGUUUUGCAUGUAUUUUUUUUCAGUCUAAAUUUUGACUGCUGAGAAGUUUUUAUUGUACAAAACUUCAUUUAAAGGGUUUUUCUACUGAAUCCAGGGUAUUCUGAAGAUCGAAGCCUGUGUGUAAAAUGCUACCAAAUGGCAAAAAGCAACAAUAAAGUUUGAUUUUUACUUUUCUUUCUAACAUCAGUGCUUAGCAGAAUUGUUCAGACUAGGUUGUCAAUAGUAAAUUUGAAGACAAAAAUGUCCAUUUUCCUUUAGUCCAUGGAACCUACCAUACUUGAUAUACCUGCAACUAAAUAUUAAAAAUUAUGCUCUGUAACUCAGUACUGCUAGUAUUAGAACUAAUGAUCUUUCAAUACAGCAAAUGCUUAAUGCUUAUACUAAUGUGGAUUUGUCAGCCUUUAUGUAAUCUGUAUUAUAUAGCAGGGAAAGAGUGGCACAAUGUAUGGCUUAAAAAGGCUAUUUCUCAAUGAUGGUAUUUCAACUGGUUAUCAGCAAAUGACAAUACAUUCCACCACAAAUGUGCUCUUGUUCUAGCUUUUAGACUAUAUGAAAGAAACGGGGUGCUUCAGAAUUUGGAGAAAGAAACACGACCGUGUUGUGGAUGAACUGAAGACUGCCUGUUCAUUUUUUAAAUAUUUCAGGUCCUUUGCAUACCAGAGGAGGCCCAAUUUCACUCAAAUGUUUUGAGAACUGUGUUAAAUAAAUGCAAAUGAAAAGUAAAGUGCUGGUACAA